AUGUGGUAUAUGGAAAAAGUCUUCUCGGGUUAUCAUAAUCAUCCUAUUCCGGAAAGUUUGAUCAACCAUCCUUAUUCGGCAAGGAUCAACCCUUUAGAAAAGGAAUUAGUACGCGUGUUGAGUAAAAGAUGCACAAGACCUAUUGAUAUUCUUAGUGGCGUCAAGGUGUUAAAUCCCCAAAACUCAUACUCAUUGGCAACUAUCUAUAACGAAAGAGAAAAAUUUAGAAAAGAGUCAUGGGGAGAGAGAGUGCUUAUGCAACAAUUAUUGUUUUUGUUUGAGGAGGCAAAGUACUCUACCGCGUAUGAUAGGAAUGAAGAAAACGAAGUGGAAUAUCUUUUCGUCGCGAAUCCGGAAUGUGUACAAUUGGCAAGAUGCUUUCAUCAAAUUCUCUUUAUGGAUUGCACGUAUAAAACGAACAAGUACAACAUGCCGAUAUUGAACUUUGUUGGGCAAACAUCUACCAAGUUGACAUUUACCGUUGCAUUUUGUUUCUUGAAAGACGAGUCGAAGGAAAGUUAUUUGUGGGCAUUGCAAAAGGUCAAGUUAUUGUAUCAAGAAGGUUAUACUCCUACGGUGUUGAUUAAGGAUAAGGAGCAAGCAUUGAUGUGGGCCAUACCAGGUGCUUUCCCCUACGCGCGUCAUCAUCUUUGUACGUUUCAUAUAUGGAACAAUGUGCAAACUAAUUGCAAGAGGGUUAUAUGGCCAGCAAAGAAGACCGAGAUGGAGAGAAUUAAAAAUCUACCGUUGGAGAUACAACAAGAAGAGAAAGAAAAGUUUGAGAUGAAUGACAAGAUAGCCGAGGUGCUUUGGGCGGAAUUUCAAGAUGAUUGGGAACAACUAAUAUGGUCGUUCAUGGAACCAUUAUAUUUGCAAAGGGAGCAUUUUGUAAUGGAAAAAUGGUCAACCUACCCGGAUGUUAUAACAUACUUGAAGAACGAGUUAUUGGAUCCCCAUAAAGAAAAGUUUGUUAGUGCAUGGGUAAACCGUUAUAGACAUUAUGACAAUCAAGCCACAAGCACGGUGGAGUCGGCUCACUAUCGGUUCAAGACUAAGUUAAAUGGUUGUGAUGGUGGAUUCGUUGUUGUUUUUGAAGCUAUGGUUGAGUAUUUCAAGCGUGAUCUCGAUAGAAUUAAAGGGGAUUUUGAAAAGAGCCGAUCUAGACUCGUUACCGACUACCGGGAUAGCCCUUGGCUCCGGGGAAUAAUUUUAUAUGUUUCUCAAUGGGAAAUCCUAAAAAUGAUAACAGAAGUGGAGGCUUGGGAGGAACACAAUUUUCCACCGGGAAUGAUAUGUAAUUGUCCAAUUAAGUCGGCUUUGGGGCUCCCAUGUAGGCAUGCAAUAGAAAAUUAUCCCACAAGGAUGAUUUCGAUUGAAGAUAUAAAUCUAUUUUGGCAACAACUAACAUUUAAAGAUUCAUCACCAAAUCAAGAGACUAGACAAAAUAUUUUAGAACCUCAGAAGGGACAGGGCAAGGGUAGUCCUUCGAACAAAACAACAAAGAAACAAGAAAGGGCAGAAGCUAAGAGAAAAGUUCAACAAGGUCCACAAUUGACUCCUUCAAUGCGAAGAGAUCCUUGUGCUUAUGAGAAGUUGAACGAAUUGUACAAACUUAAAAGAAAGGAAAUGGAAAAAGUCGGACCAAGCGGAGCUAGUGAAAUGAAGGGAAAACGCCGCAAGAAGAAUGUGGUUGUUGCAUCAAGUUCAAAAAGAAAAGUUGAUAGUGGAGUCAAAAUUAAAGACCCGGUUGUUCCAUCCCAACAAGGUUCAACAACCAAAGAAGCUAGUAAUGUCCAAAGAAAAGUUGGUGGUGCAGUUGGUAUUAAGCAAUUAGCGAGAAGCCGAGGUAAUGAUGUCAAAGGAAAAGUACCAAUGGUCGAACCAUCGCUAAUCACCCCACAAAGAGUUGUUAGUAACCUCGAUGGUGAGAAAAAGACGGUCUUCUUGGAUGUAGGUCCGAUGAUAUCACCCCCUAUAGAUGAGGAAGGUAAUUAUAUCCGGCCUACUUACACGAUAUACAAAAAUUACAUGCACUUUUUACCACAUUUUAUUCAUAACUACGUCAAGUCCACCGACGAUGUUGAGGGAGACGGAAAUUGUGGUUACCAUGUGUUUGUAGAUCAACUUGGACCUUUUGAGCAGGAAAAAGAAUGGGGUGACGACCAAAUUACUUAUGUUAGGCAAAAGUGUUUGCUUGAACUACGUUGUUUCCCCGAUUUCUACAAGCCAAUGAUGAGAUUCGAAAGAAAUGACACGGAGGAGAUGCUAAACGAGGAGUUCAAAGAAUUUGAACGGCGUUUAAUGGGAAACAAGUGUUUGACAAAUAGUGUUACAUACGCACCAACAAGACGUGUUUUUAACGAAGAAGAAUCUCCGAAGAUAGUCAUCAUGGGGUUCGUGAACAUGAACCAUUAUAUAGGCCUCCAAUUGAAAUAUGGAUGCCCGCUACCUCCAUUAAGAAAGGUAGACGGAUGUGACGGAAUGACUUGGUGUCAUAGGUUCGAGGAAAGAUUUCAAUUGUGGGAUGCAUUACAGUUACUGAGGGAUGGCCCGUUGUGUGUACUAACGAGUUCCGAUGAGGAUGAAUAUGAGUAA